GGGAAUUAUUGAAAACUACAACAGAUGUCCUCUUGGGCGUCUCGAGAACUCUGCUCGAGAACCGCUACUCGCAGUUCUGCAGUCUCGGGUUUCCGGAUCCGCCAAACAUCUCUUUUUGUAGCUGACAAUCGGUUAAAAUGUCGCUCGUUAUCCCAGAAAAGUUUCAACACAUUCUUCGUGUUAUGGGCACGAACAUCGAUGGUAACAUAAAGGUUAUGUUUGCCAUGACCGCCAUCAAGGGUGUAGGUCGUCGUUACGCCAACAUUGUUCUCAAGAAGGCCGAUGUAGACCUUGAUAAACGUGCAGGAGAGUGCUCCGAAGAAGAGGUGGAAAAAAUCAUCACGAUCAUGUCCAACCCUAGGCAGUACAAAAUCCCUGACUGGUUCCUCAACAGGCAAAAAGAUAUUGUCGAUGGAAAGUACUCACAGUUGACCAGCUCAAAUCUGGACUCAAAAUUACGUGAAGAUUUGGAACGCAUGAAGAAGAUCCGAGCUCACCGAGGUCUUCGACACUACUGGGGCCUCCGUGUACGCGGUCAGCAUACCAAAACUACCGGUCGUCGUGGACGCACUGUUGGUGUCUCCAAGAAGAAGUAAUUUUACACGUGAUUGGAUAACAAUAAAACUUUAAAACCCAA